AUGAUGACGUGCCGUCUGCUGUGCGUCCUGUUGAUGCUCGCCCUGUGCUGCUGCUCGCCCGUGUGCGCGGCAGAGACUGUUGGAGAAAUUUCCGCCGGCUCGGGCAUGUCGCCCCCUCAGUCAAAAGCGCGAGAUAAUCCCGAUAAUGGACAGGAUUCGCUGACGGACAAUGGUGCGGAACUGGCAGAUAGUGGGAACGUUGAGGAAGGGUUACGAAAUGGGGGCUCGACUCCUCUAAAGAGACAAGAGAACACUGUAGAGGUACCGAAACCAAAUACAGAGGCUGGUGCGUUACAGUCGGGAAGUGCGGCGUCCGGUGCAGAACAGGUUUUAAACGAAAAGCCCGGUUCGAUACAGGUAUCAGGUACGGCUAUUGAGGGACAGGAUGGGAAAAAAGCCGAUAAGGAAAUAAAAGCAACUACUUCCACGACGUCCACGACGACGACGAAGGCGCCAACUACGAAUACGACGACCACCUGCGAACCGUCACUUCUUCGCGAAAUUGACGGCAGCCUCAGCAGCUCUGCGUGGGUGUGUGCCCCGCUGCUGCUCGCAGUAUGCGCGCUGGCGUGCACCGCUGUGGGCUGA